AUGGCAGAGGAAAUAGUGAGAGAAUAUUUUGAUGCGCUUAAUAAACGGGAUUACCCUCGCCUCAAAACUUUGCUAACUGACGAUUACACCGUUCACCAAGAUGGUAAAGAUAAGGUUGGAUGGCAAGCAACAAUAGAAGAUGCUCUCAAGAAAUACUUAGAAUAUAACCCAGUGACAUUCCAAAUCACUAAGCUUGAAGUCGACGGGGACAUUGUUACUGUUUCAAUACUCGGUGAAGGACCUGAAGAAACCACCAAACCUGAUCAAUUUACUGACAAGUAUCGUGUCAUUGAUGGUAAAAUAUCUGAAAAUUGGAUAGACCCUUAUGAUUGUGGGGUCGAGCCCGCGCAGAUUAAAAAGAGCUGA